GGGCUGAGGGCUCAUCUAAUGAAGAGGAAGAGGAGAACUAUGCGCUGAUGGCAUUGUUGGAGGAUGAAGAAGAAGAAAAGGGUGAUGCUGCGAUCCCCGAAAGUGAGUGCUCGAAUAGCACGUUCAUUAUGGCAGGCACAAAUCAGGCACCGAUUGACGACACCAUCUACCCAAGGGAGAAAUGGAUCAAAGUGAUGGACAACAACUACCAGCUGGACCUGACUGUGUUCAAGUGUCAGGAUCCCGUCAUCCCAGCAAUCAUGAGGAGCCACUAUCUCUGGCCCGCACUCCACAACGCCAAAUCAGUGCCAGAGAUAUACUUGCAGCAAUUCUGGGUUCAUAUGCAUACAUCGUCACCUAAAGACCGCACCAAAAUCAUGACCAAGCUGAACAGCAUGCGCAUAAUCCUGACGCCCUCUACUUUCCGAUCCAUCUUAGAACUGCCGACACACGACCCCUAUGAUCCUCUCCCAACUGUCAAUGUUGGGAAUAUUUUAUGGUGUUCAAUCUAGUUAGUUAUCUUUGUAUUUGUGUAGUUAUUAAUUAAACGUGUAAUACGGGCCACAAAUGUGUAUCAGCCCGUGGGCUUCCUUGUAACCCGUAAGUUAGCCAACUUCUCCUAUAAAAGGAGGCUAACUUACGGGAACCCUACUGAUCGUGAGAGGCUGAGACGCAGAGGCGUAGAGAUAGAGAGAAAUUAGGUUGCCGCUGCUCUCCUUCUCCAGGGAGAGUAGCGGCAGAUUCAUACGGU